AUGGAUUUCCUUGGCAGUUAUCGUAGAAAAACAGGUUGUCGUAAAAGCGCAAACGGAAAUGAAUAUAUGAUCUGGAAUACUUCCGACUUAACGAAUUCUUUAGAUGCAAAUGUUAAAAUUCUCGUAUUCGGUGAUUGUGUCAAAAAAUUUUGGAAACUGCAGCUUGGUAGUGUUAUUGCGCUUGUAACACCAUCUUUUGCUGAUGGCGAUGAUAAACAAAUAACAGUGAAAUUAACGAAAUGUGCACAGGUUUUAGAAUUGGGAUUUUGCCCUGAUUUUGGUCGCUGCAAGGCAGUCAAAAAAGAUGGUGGAUUAUGUCAAAAUGUGGUAAACUUAUCACAGUGUGAACGUUGCAUUUAUCAUGUUCAACGAGCAGCUCAAAAUUCACAGCAAAUCGAAUCAAAUUCACUUCCGAGUGGUAUAAUUACAAUGCCAAGAAGAGUUUCAACAAAUACUUUGUCGAUAAAUGAAAGCAGAAAGAAUUUCAAACAACAAAUUACUAGUUGUUUUAUGAGAUCGAAAAGUUUAAAGGAAUGUGAAAAAAUGAAAUUGGAUGCUUUAAUUGCGAAAGAAGUUGCAAUUUUUGGAUCAAAAAGUGCAUCACAACCGCAUGGAAAAGUAUCAGGAGAAAGGAGUGAUGAAUCACUAAAAGAAUUUCUACAGAAGCAGGAUGAGAGCAAAAAUUCAAUGCAUUCGCCAAUCCUUGGCAAAGGCUUAAACUCUGGAUCUGUUUUAUUGACUAGUCCUAGAAAAAUCAGUAAAUUAAACGCUUCAGAAAAUGCUAAGCGGAAAGCUAUUGCAACAAUAAAGAAAAUAGGUGGUCUUGAAAAAGCUGAUCCAAAUUCAAUUAACGGUAGACCUAAAAAAAGACGUUUGUUCUUUUCUCCAGAGCAUAAAGGAGGUGAGCUAAAAAUGAAAUCCGGAAUUGAUGUGAAUUGUGGUGACGAUUCAAAAAUCAGAGAAUUCUCAAAGAAAACUGUUUUUACUGAUGAUGAAAUUUUGAAAUUGUUGGAGAAAAGAAGCAAUCACGAGAGUGAUCUCCGUCGGGAAGAUUCUGUUCGUGAAGCACGUUACUUUAAUGCCAUGGAACAAAAAGAAAGAUUUGAAAAUUAUCUUACCAAUACCGUGGAAAUUAAAGAUUGUAAUGUAGUUACGUGCACUCAGUGCAAUUAUACGUCACAUAAACAAAGUGAAUUAUGCAAGCAAUUAAAUCAUACUGUGAAACAAUGCAAAGCCAACAAACGAUUCUUCCGCUGUAAACAAUGUCAUAGGCGUACAGUUUCAUAUGAACGAUUGCCUACAGUUCCGUGCACACAAUGUGGUUGCAAUGAUUUUCAACGGGUAGCAAUGAAGGAUGAACGAAAAGUAAAAUUAGCACAAGAAAAUUUACUUUUACGUGGUGAAGAACGGAAAUAUGUUAAUUGCUAA